UAGUUUGUUUUUUUAAUGAGAGAAACGUUUGGUGUUUUGUGAAAGGCUUCAAAUUUUAGUCUAAACACAUUUUACUGUUUCUCCUGAGUAUCAUUUUAAAAUCACUUCAAAAUCAUGAAUACCUGCAAAAUACUUCGGCGCCUUUCAGGGCAAUUCAAGCGUAACGCUUCGUACAAGGUUUUGGACGAGAAAGACUUUUCAGAGAAAAUCGAGAACAGCACCAGCCCGGUGAUUGUAGAUUUUUGUGCAAAUUGGUGUAAACCAUGCAAAGCAAUGGAACCGCGUUUAGAUAAUGUCGUAGCAAAACACAAGGGCAAAAUCUCAGUAGCCCAAGUUGACAUUGACAAUAUGGCCGAGGUUGCCGCAAAAUACGAGGUUGGGUCUAUUCCGGAGCUCGUUGUUUUCCGAAAUGGCAAGGUAGACGAGCGACUUGUAGGACUCCAAGACGAAGCUAAAUUGGGCACGUGGGUCGACCAAGUUGUCGGCAAGAAGUAAAAACAAUUGAACCUAAAUAAUCAAAAAUGACUGCGAGGAUAAAAAUAUAUAAUCAAAUUCAUAGAGUAACACAAUCUAUAUACUUUGGAUUAAAUCAAUAAAGUAUCUGCAUCCAUA